AUGUUCAACCUCAGAUCUAUCCAGAUAUAUCUGACAAACCAGACUGCACCCACUGUGUGGGUACAGUCUGGUGCUACACUUGGUGAGCUAUACUACAAAAUCUGGGAAAAGAGCGAAAACCUCGCUUUUCCCGCCUGUGUCUGCCCCACCUUGGGUAUCGGCGGCCACAUCAGCUGUGCUGGCUACGGCAACCUCCUCCGGAAAUACGGCCUCUCCAUCGACAAUGUGGUCGAUGCAAAGGUAGUCGAUGCUAGCGGGAGAAUCCUUGACCGGGAGGCGAUGGGCGAAGACCUUUUCUGGGCAAUCAACGGCGGCGGCGCCGCCAGUUUCGCGGUGGUGCUGUCGUACAAAAUCAAUCUAGUCACUAUACCUAAUCCGGUCACGAAGACGAAAACGCGACAGAAAUCCUCCACCGUUGUGGGCCCGGGUGUGGAAGAAAAGCGUUUGCAGAUAGUGAGGGAUUUGUAUGAUUAUAUGGCGGCGUUUGUGUCUAACAAUCCGAGGAAGGCUUAUUUGAACUGUCGAGAUGUUGAGAUUGGUAGCAAAUCGGAGGGAAAUAGCGUGGAUGCUUAUAACGAGGCUAAGAUUUAUGGGGAGAAAUAUUUUGGGGAUAAUUUUGAUUGA